AUGACCUUCUCUCACAAGUUCUUCAAGGUGCGCUUUCCAAGCGAAUCAGUUGUUCGUUGUGUGCCCGUGCGUCCCAUGGAAGGCACAGUAUUUGCUAGUAUCCCUCUUGUCUGGAUCUUCUUUCAAAUGUGGCGGUCUUCUUACCCAAGGUUUGUCUUUCACUUGGGCCAAGAUUUGAUGUAUAGGAAUGGUGAACUUGGUAUAGUUCUAUCUUGCCAUAGCGUCCCCUUUGUGGGUGCGACCUGCGCUUGUCCUUGUUUCUAUUACUAA